UUAAGAAAUCCAAUUUUGUUGUUGAAAAUCCACUCGGGCGAACGGUCGCGGUCGCUUCGUAGAGCGCGAGAAAAUAUUACUUAUCAUAGCGAAUAGUACGAGUAACACGAGAAAAAACAAAACAAAAGGCGGCGAAGAAGAAACAAGAGGGCCCCAAAGAAGAAAAGCCCAAAACUUCUGCUCUGGUUCUCUGCGUCCGCGCGUGUGUGCGGGCCCUGUGUAUGUGGCGGUGUUUUUGUGCGUAAAUGUGUGCGAGUGUGCCAAAGCCAAGAAUCAAAGUGCAAAGCGAAAUUGAAUAAUUUCCUCAUCUCUCUUUCUCUCUCUGUCUCUCUGAAAGUGUAACCAAAAUACCCGAAAAAUCUGAAAAGAAUAUCAAGAGCUGAUAAAAGCUACAAAGUGAGGUAAACAAAGGCUGGCUCUUGCGGCCAAAACAACAACAAGCCAAUGUCUCGGCUUACGUAACACCGCAUCCUUGCGAACCGAAUCAAAAACGAAUCAAGUCGAAUAAGAAAAAUUGUUUCGCUGCCAUGCAAUUUCUGGGAGUUGUUUGAAAGUACCUCCACUUCCGCACUCUCUCUCUCUCUCUCUCUCUUCGAUUCCCCACCUCUCUUGUUGUUUUGAUUGAACGCAGCAGCGAAAUGUCAACCGCCACAAUAACAACAACGGUGGCUGCCGCCCCAUCAAAGUCGGCACCACCCACACCAACAACAACGAAUGCUGGCGCAACAACCAAUGCACGCACCGCCGAUUGUCGCAAAUUCACGCCGAACAUUUUCAACAAGAGCAAGUGCAGCCACUGUUUUCGACAGCGGGAGGAGCACUCGGCCGCCGCCUUGGAAUGCAAUAGGGCAUCGCGAAAGGUCUCAAAAUGCGGAUAUCUAUUUGUGGCGCCGGAUUGGGACUUUAGCAAUCCAUUGUACAGAACAAAGCGCUGGCAGAGGAGAUGGUUUGUGCUCUAUGACGAUGGCGAGCUGACCUAUUCAGUGGAUGAUUAUCCCGAAACAAUACCGCAGGCGUGCGUGGACAUGACCAAAGUGCUGGAAGUGACCGGAGCCGUCGAGGUGACGGGUCACCCCAACUCCAUCGCCAUAACCGCCCCGGAGCGCGUGACCUUUGUGAAGGGCACCAGUUCGGAGGAGUCGCAGUGGUGGCUAAACAUCCUGGCCGCCUUCCCCAAGUCGAAGGGGCGCCACAAGCGAAGUGCCACCUUGCCGGGCGGCCAGGUUGUGGGCAGUCUGCGCCAGUCGAGCAAUGGCGAUCUAACGCUCUCCACGAAGUUGGGCAAUCGACACAGCUCCUAUCACAAGGACACGCUCACGUCCUCCCAGUCGGCCGGCAAUCUGCUGAGCACUUUGGAUCUGAGUCCCAGCUCCACGAAGACGAGCGGAUCGCCGAUGACCACCACGCAGACCAAUCUCGCCGACGACGAGGAGGAUGACGGCGUGGAAACUGGCGAGGAUGUCGACGAGGAGGAGGAGGACGACGAGGCGGUGCCCAGGAAGUCGAAGACUGUCAGCAUCGGCGGCCAGGAUGAGAACAAUCGCAAUGCCGGCAACGAGAUCACAAAUCGGGUUUCGCAACCCACCACCUGCCUGCUGAUCGAGGACAUUCGCCGUGAUGAGAAGACGAUCAAGGACAUCGCGAACACCAUUACCAAUCUGAGUCAGCAGCAGAACAAGCGCUGGUCCACGGCGGUGAACAAUGCCCUGAACAACCAGCACCACUUCAGCCAUCACAGCCAGUACCAAGUGAAUUCCCGCGACGAGACGGACUUCCAGGUGUCCAACUCCAACAGCGGCGCGAACAAAUCCCAAAACGCGGCCAGCGAGCGACCGAAAUCGCUGCCCUUGGCCUCCAACUCCACGCCUGCGAUCGUGUCAGCCAUAGUCAAGAAGAUACCCACGGUUAUGGAGCAGGGUGACAAGACGAAGCCCACUGCCAGGUUGCAGCUGCACCUCAAGUCACCGAAGCAUUACCAACACGAGCGGGGCGAUCCCGACGGGGGAUGCAAUCUGGACGAGCUGUGCGUCAACUACAUGGCCAAAACGGAUGAGCUGCGAUCGGUGGGAAAGGCGAACAGUAAAUCCUCCGCGGGUCAAGGCAAACCGCCGGUUAAAACCACCGCUGAGGAGUCGUUGAAUGCCAAGAAGGGUUGGCUCAUGAAGCAGGACAAUCGGACGGGCGAGUGGUCCAAGCACUGGUUCACUUUGAGUGGAGCGGCGCUCUUCUACUACCGAGAUCCCUUGUGCGAGGAGCGUGGCGUCCUCGACGGCGUCCUCGAUGUGAACAGUUUGACCAGCGUUCUGGCGGAACCGGCGGCCAGCAAACAGCACGCUUUCCAGCUGACCACCUGGGAUAAGCAGCGGUUGCUUUUGGCCAGCUUGUCGCCCAGUUCGCGGAACAGCUGGCUGGCGGUUUUGAGAAGCGCUGCUGGAUUGCCACAACUGGAUGCACCGCCCAAGCAGACGGACAUUGAACAGGACUUCAUUAAGGCUCAACUGCAGCAACCCGCCUCGAGCCCUGCAACUCCGGGAACUCCGGCUGGUCCGCACUUCUCCUCGGAUGAGGAGUACAGAACGGCAUCGGAGGGCGGGAGGAGAGACAGCUUGGACUGGGGUUCCCCGCUCUCCCCUUCACCGCCUGUGUUGAGAAGUUGCCUGCGCAAUCGCAGCCUGGCCAGUUUGCACAAAAGGAGUCGCAGUUCGCCGCCGAGUUCACGGCGCAGUACGGUGGACAGUGUGGCCAGUGACGAGUUGCCGCUGCUGGUGGUGCCCGAGGAGCUGCAGCCCACGGAGAGCAGGGAGCUCAAGCAGCAGUGUGAGACCCUGAGAGCAGAGGCUUCCCUGCGGGAGGCUCGCAUGUCGGAGCUGCUGGCCACCCUCCAAAGAACCGAACAGCAGCUGACCGCUCGCCUGCAGGAGCAGCAACAGCAACUCAACAGCGAACUGACCCAGGCCAAGCAGAGCGCCUCCGAUCUGAUGCACAACCUGGGCCAACAGCUCACCGAGAGCCAGUGCCAAAUCAAGCAGCUGGAGGAUCGCUUGGCGCAGGGAAUCGAGGAGAACGAGGGUCUCUACAAGCGGCUGAGGGAACUGCAGGCCCAGGAUCACGGCGGCGGAGGCGGGGGGCUGAGCAACCUGCAGCGUCACAAAAUCAAGCGAAUGGACUCGCUGAGCGAUCUGACCACCAUCAGCGACAUCGAUCCCUACUGCCUACAACGCGAUUCGCUGGCGGAGGAGUACAACGAGCUGAGGUCGCGCUUCGAGAAGGCCGUCAAUGAAAUUCGAGCCAUGAAGCGGGAACUGAAGCAGUCGCAAAACCAAUACGAUGCCUUGGAACUGGCGCAAGCUGCUCUGCAGCAGAAGUUGGAGCGGCGGCAGCACGAGGACGGAGCUCAGCUGCAACUGAUGGCGGCUCGCAUUCAGGACUUGACCCUCAAGUACAGCAGUUCGGAGCGACAGGUGCGGGCCCUUAAGCAGAAGUUGGCCAAAUCGGAGCGAAGGCGAUCACUUUCGCUCAAAGGAAAGGAGCAACUGGAACUGAAACUGAGCGAGUUGCAGAGGGAAACGGUGGAGAGGAAGGAGGGCACGCCGCCAGAAUCCUCGAGCAGUGAAUCCAGCAGCCAGUCACCGCUGAAUGCCCAUCUCUUGCAGCGGUUGCACAGCUUGGAGCACGUCCUUUUGGGCAGCAAGGAGCGUCUGGAGCAGAGUCUGUCCCAAUUGCAGCAAAUUAGGGCUGGCCAGAGGACUCGUCGUUCUGUUUCCCCGAUGAACGAUCGCAAGGAUGGACUGAGACAACUGGAAAGGGCUCUGGCCGAGACCUGUGUGAUGGUCAGCGAGCAGAUGGAGCUCACCUGCCUGCAGGACGCUUGCCACAAGUGCUGCGAUCUGCGGCAGCGGGUGGAGAAGCUCUCCGCGUUGCAGCAGCAAACCGAAACGGAUCUGCAGCGCAGCGAACAGUUGCUGGAGCAGCGGGAGAGCGAUCUUGCCCAGGCGCUGGAGAAGUGCGCCAGCCAGGAGCAGGAGCAGGAGCUGCUCCUCCAGCAGAGGCAGGAGCUCAGCGAGGAGCUGGGCAGGCAGCAGGAGCGCUGCCGGCGACUGGAGAAGCGACUGGAGCUCCUCGAAAGGGAACAUGGCAAGCAGCUCGAGUGCUUGAGGGAGGUUUACCAAAGCGAACACGCCAACGAGGCCGACGAGCAGAGCUUCAGGAAGCGUUACCAAACCGAAAUCGAACAGCUGAGGACCCUCUGCGAAAAGGGAUUGAGUGCCAUGGAGACCUCGCAUCGACGACUCACCUGCGAGCUGGAGCAGAAGCACAAGAUGGAAAUUGAGCGCCUGCUGGCCGAGAAGGAAACCGCUUUGGCCGAGGAGACUCAGGCCACUCUGGCUGCUCUGGACGCGAUGAGGAAGGCGCACCAGAGCGAAGUUCAGCGAGAGGUGGCUCGAUUCAAGCAGGAGUUUCUGCGCCAGGUCCAAAGGGGCGAACAGAUGCGGGGUGAUGGAGCCAAACUGAAGGAGGAGGAUCUCGGAGAGCUUCGACUGGAAAUUCUGUCCUUUUCCGAGAAGUACUCCAUCAAGUGUGUGGAAAACGCGGCCUUGGAGGAAAAGCUGCAUAUGGCCAACAGCAAGCUGAGGCACUUUCAGCAAAUGCAGCAACUGGAGUUGAGAAAUAAGCAAUUUCGAGCCCACUUGGCCUCCGAUGAUCCGGCAAACGAUGUUCACUUCGUGCAGGGCUUGACCACAGACGCUCAACAAGGUGCUGACUGUGAAGAUAGCGAGCCUGCACCACAAAUAAUGGCUGCAACAGCAACAAGAACCACUGCCACUGCCGCAACCACAACAGCAACAACCACAUCAGCGGCUUCGAGCGACACUGAGUCCAAUCCCGAUUCCGAUUCCAAUUCCGAUUCGGAUAUAGAAAGAGACGAUUCAUCGCGAGCGCCAGAAAGCCAAGAAAAAGCCGAGAAAAUGGAGCAAAGUCUGUUCGUGAUACCCUCCCAUAUGCUAAACUGUUCCCCCGUGUCUGCCGCAAAAAGCGCUUCUGAUCAGAGCCAGGCGAUCCAUCGAGAUCUCGUCGAUGGGCCCGAGGAUGGUUACGAGCCAUGCUACAGGCCCUUCGAUAUAUUCGCCAUCUAUCAGAAUCGUUUGAGCUUCCAAGGUCUGAAGGGCACUUCCACCUUUGGCAAAAGUUUGAGAAAAUCCGCUGCUCAGACAUCACCAGCAUCAUCAGAACUAACAACUAAAUCAACAACAACAACUGCACCAACAACCGAUCCAAAUAAGCCCAGUCACAAGCAAAUGUUUAAAACGGCUGCCGUCAUUAACAUUCAGCAACAGGAACUCCAGGAAGAAAAAGCACAAUGAACAAAUCGAAAAUAAUAAUACCGAAAGAAAAAAAAACGAAAUGCAAGAAAACAACAAACAGAACCAGUGGAACAACCAAAGAAUAAUUAGUGCUAAUAAUAACUAAAUAAUUAUAAUUAUUUAAAAUAUAUUAAUAACCAAGCAACCAAAUGCAAGACAAAAUCGAACGGCACAAGAUCAUGAUGCAUGUACAUAAAACGAAUAACAUUUCUCUAACAGAGCGCAAAACUGGUUGAAGAUCAUAAUGAUGAUGAUGAUGUUGGUGAUGUAGCAGACGAGUUAAAUACAUGAGGAGCUUCAGAUUUGAGUUUGGAGUUAUGGAGUUAAGCUAACAACGACUGUUCACCCCCCUCCAACGAAAAUGUGGAAGGGACGUCGAGCAAUGGAUAACUAACCCCCAACAAAAAAUAAGAACAACAACAACAACAACAACAAGCAGCAGCCACUGCGUCAUCAACAGCUACAAAAACAACAGCAAUUUUGGGCCAAAUUUAUGUAUUUAUCAUCUAUUCUAUCAUUGUAUCUGUAUGUUAUUCUACUGUACGUUUAUCCAAUUCUCUAUGUCCACAAAAUGUGUCAUUUAUUUAUGUUUAUGUAGUUCAUAGGUCAACUUCUCUUUUUUUGUCGUUUGUAUUAAAUAUAUCGAAAUUGUUUUCAGCUUACAUACAUGUAAAUGCAUUAUACAUAAAGAAAAUACAAACAAUAAAUCUUUAAUUUUA